AUGGAGGACAGCCAACACUUUGUCUAUGUCCGUGUUCCCCCAAUGACAAUUGAGGAGAUUGCUUCGACAGGAGACAAGGACCAAGAAGUACAACAACUCGCCGACCUGGUCAAUAGGUACAGAGCCUAUACCAGAAGCGAACACAUCACCGGGACCCCACUUGAGAGCUCCCUUGCGCAUAGCAUUGUCUGCAAGCUCAUUGCUUGCAGGGAUAUCAACCCCAACCCAACCACAUCUUUCCUGUUCAGUUUCCUCUCGACUUCAGUAGCAAAGGAUAUUGUUUGGACACUCCCACUUGUGGACCUGUCCACUGCGAAGAGGUUUCCCAUCUUUGUCCGAAGAACUGGACCGAAGAUUCAGGACAACGUUCAGGGUCUUGAUAGUUUUCUCACCAUAGAUGCCAACUCAUCCACCGAACCAGACAUCCAAUUCUCGCUUGAUUCCUUUGGCCUGGUCAUCAAGCGUUGCUCUCCUUUCAUCCUUUACAGAACGGGUCCGAAGUCCCUAAGCUCUGAUUUCUACGUCAAGCUCUCCGACCAUGUCGUACUGGCUUUCAUUGUCAAGCUGUCUAUCACCACCAAUCAACUGUUGGACGAGCUCAAAAAACUGGUCAUCCCUUCAACCAACGCCCUGGAGAACUUGUUUUCCAAGCCACUUUGGUUGUCCAUCACUACAUUUCUCAAUGUUGCCAACCUUCCUCCUCCCUCUGCGUGCUCACAUGGCUCAGCUCCCUAUCAAUGGCUCGAUGAUCAAACGUAUGAUGAAGCCAUAACAACAGACGAAGAUGAUGGCGAUGACAUGGACUACAGUCAAUAA